ACACGCGGUGGGACGGUUGACACAGAUAUUUCAAUUGACACUUAUCGUAAACUUAAAACAUCGCCGAUUUUACAUUGUUUCAUUUUAGUUUAUUUAUUGUUGAGUUAAAGUGAUUUUUAAGUAAAAUGCCGCAGCAGACUCCUGAUUUUGGCCACGACGUGACCUCCAUCAGGGAAUGGCUGACCAAGGAGCCGCAUCUGCCUCAAGACUUCAGUGACCUGAUGAUCAGAAAAUUCCUGCACAGCUGCUACGGCAGUCUGGAGCGCACCAAGAAAUGCAUCGACCGCUUCUGCACCACGCGGGGAGUCAUGAGCGAGAUAUACACCGACAGGGACCCCUGCUCGAACAAGCUGAAGACCGCCUUCGAUGUCACGACCGUGGCAACAUUGAUGGCGGGUGACCAGGAGAUCUUGAUCCACCAGCUGGACGAUCCGACGCUGGAGCAUUUCGUGUUUUACGACCUCCUCAAGGCGUUCUCGCUGCAGGCAGACUACUGGCUGAACGACCUUGAGAAUUAUCCAGAGGGACAUGUCAUCAUCAUGGACAUUAAGGACUACAGCCUCAGAAUGCUGCCCAAAUGUAACAUAAUGUUCUUUAGGGAUUUCCUACUUUUUUUACUGGAAGCCAUGCCAGUCCGAGUGAAGUCCGUGAACGUGAUCAACUACCCGUCGUACUACGAGAAACUUUUCGCACUAGUCAAGCCCGUCCUGCCGGCGUACAUCAUUGAUGUUAUCAAGUUCCAUCCGGACCAGAGCAGUCUGCACAAGAGCGUCAGUAAGCAAUACCUACCAUCGGAGUACGGCGGCGAGGCGGGCAGCAUGCGGGCACAGCACUGCGACUUUGUCAAGAAGAUACAAGACAAAAGAGAUUAUUACAAGAAUGAGAAUCUCUGGAAGGCUGACCUGAAGAAGAAACCAAAAGGAAUUGAGAGCGCCAUGACUGGAUCUUUCAAGACACUGUCGAUUGACUAGGCUUCAACGUCAUUUUUUGUCUCGUGUAAGACCCACUAUGUUUAAGAAGCAGCCUCUUAAAAAACCUAACUAAUUAUAACGGACAAAUAUUUUUUCUACGGCUCAAAAGACAUUGGAUCCUGGAACUUAAAUCAAAUGGUAAAUAUUAUGAAGAGUGCUUUUUGGACUUAGUUAGUUUAAUUAGUUAGUUCAUUUCUCCUAAAUAAUAUUUAGAAUGAGUUUUACGAAAAAAAGUAGGUAAUUAUGAAGUACCAGAAUAAGUAGAUUUUUUCCUUAAAUUGUUCUUUAAUCACCUACACUAGUCUGACUUGUAAUAAUUAUUAUGAUGUAAUAAAAAACAACUAAGUAGUGAUUCGGUGUUGUACGUAUUACAUAUUUGAGCUUACAAAAGGAUUUCCUUGUUGUUUUUGUGAGUCACUUCAUGGCCUGGCCUUUGGCCGUUACCUGGGGGCCUCGUCAAGAUGACAAUCGUACAAACACCAAAUUGGUACCAAAUACCAAUAUUAACAUAACCUGUGUGUGAAAUAUGGCUAUUCUAGGUUUUGAUUAAUAAUUGACAUUCCAUAGAUAGUUACUUAUCUCAGGAGGUGGUUGGUAAAGAAGUUGCGCGUUGAUUUUAUAACUGAAGGUAGCUGAGAAUUCUGGGACCAAAACUAGUCCUCCUGACGACUGGGUAUCGAAAUUUGCUAGUAUAAAUUAAACUCUAUCUAACUAGUUGACAAAAAAUCAAAACUUGAUUGGGGCCUAUGUAUUAUGUGUAGGACGCCGGUCGUUCAGUUAAACGGUAGAUCUAGGUAUAGUUAUUAGAUUCCUUUUUUAGUUGAAAUAGUAGGUAGGUAUGUAAGUAGCUUCGAAUGUAUGCAACUCUCUUAUAAAGAUGAGGUUGAGGUUACUUCAACUGGUUGUGAAUUUAAUUUUAACUAAGUAUAAGGAAAUAUUUGCAGGUAAUAAACCGUGUGCAUCUCUGUAUUAAAUCAUUAAGAUGUCUUGCUUAUUAAUAGUGAAGUAUCUUUAUUUUAUUUUGCAGUAAUUCGUAGGGCAGAUUCACUUCUAAAACAUGUAUUGAUUAGUUUUUUAAAAGAAAUAAACAGUUUAAUUUUUUUUACUUUAGAAAUCGGUUACUUAUAAGGUAUUAUUAGAAUGGACCAACUAAAGUAUGAAUUAAGGGAGAGCAUCAUUGUUACCAUAAUUUAUAUUAAGCGAUUCUAUUUUAAGAAAAAAGUUGUAGCGCUUAGCAGAAAAAGGUCAAUUAUCUGUAGC